AUGGUCACGAUAUCAUCUACUGGCGCCGUCUUUGGGAACGCUCAACUCAAGGAGCUCGCUACGUUCUCGCCCAAAGAGCGCGAAACGAUCCUGAAGAGGGUGAUCAGGAUUGAAAAGAAAAGCUUUCCAACAAGCGAAGCAUUCGACUUCACCUCCGAGCUGAGGAAGAAGCACACUAAUAUGAUCAUAGCUGUCAAAGAUGGAGAUGCGUCAGAGCUAAUCGGAUACCUUGUUUACCUUCGGGUGAAGAGGCUGACCGUCCUCCACAAGAUUUGCGUUGUUGAACAAGAGAGGGAGAAAGGCGUCGGCAAAUGUCUCAUACAUUCCCUUCGCCUUUUGGUGGAAAAGGGUGGCUGUGACUGCAUUCACUUAGCAAUUGUGAUGCUGGUGGCCACAAUAGCCCUCUUCGUCUCAGUGGCUAUAGCGUCUCCCCAGGUCAACUUUCCCCUGAACCUACAAUAUCCACCUGUCGCACGAGUCGGUGAGAUGUAUAACUUCCAGUUUGCAUCUACAACCUUCGGACCCAAUCCGGAGAAGCUUCAGUAUUCGUUGAUCAAGAAUCCGUCAUGGUUAUCCAUCAACGGCGACAAACGAACACUUUGGGGUACUCCAGGAGCAGGCGAUGUCGGAACCAUUGCUUUCACGAUUGCGGCAGCUGCAGAGGCUGGAGCUGUAGCCAACAUGGAGUCCAAAUUGCUGGUUACAGAGGGUGACGGCCCCAGAGUGAAGGGAAACAUUUCCGAACAACUAUCAAAGGCUGGGCAGCUUUCGGGACCGCGAAGCGUAACACUCCCGCCUUCGAAACUGUUUGAGGUCAAGUUCGCCCAAGACACCUUUCAGACCACUGGGAAGAGCCUGUCUUAUCAUGCGAGUCUUGAGGACCAUACACCGCUACCAGCAUGGAUCAGCUUCGAUGCGCAAUCCCUACGUUUCGCUGGAACGACACCCCUUUCGACAGCGCCACAGUCAUUUGAUAUUCUCCUCAUUGCUUCUGAUACGGCGGAGUAUGCCGCAGCAACCACUUCUUUUUCGCUUUUUGUUAGCAACCAUCAAUUUCUCUUCAGACCCCUCACGCAAACGCUGAACUUGUCGAAGGGAGAACAUGUCAAGAUUUCCGACGUGAAGAGCAAGCUCUUUCUUGACGAUGCACCUAUCAGGGAUGGUGAUAUUCAAUCCGCCGGCGCAGACCUUCCAUCGUGGUUAUUUUUCGACAACCACUCCUUCGACAUUACUGGAGAUCCCCCAUCUGGCCUGAUGUCUCAGGAUCUCGGCAUCAUCGUGCAAGACAAAUUUGGAGAUACAGCGAAGCACUCUAUUCAUCUGAGCUUCAUGUCUCAAUUCUUCACCUCAGAGAUCGGCCAAUUGAAUAUCACCGCCGGGGAGCGGUUCGAGUACAACAUACCAAGGAACAUCCUCACUAAGGAUAACGAUAACGUUUCCGUUUCCGUUGGACUCGGCGAUCUUGGUCAAUGGCUCAGCUUUAAUUCUAACACGUUCUCCAUCUCCGGGACAGUCCCUAAGGACUUCUCACCGCGGAUGGUGGAAGGGUCGAUGACGGCAAGAACUAGCGAUGGCGCUUCGAAAGACACCCAAACCUUCCAGCUUCUGGUCUCCGGGGCUGGAACACACGUCUACCCUGGGGCUACCGCGACGGGCUCCGGUCCAAGCCAGCCAACUGAGAGCGGUAGUUCCUCAAUACCCACUGACAACUCGAAGCGCAACAAGGCUGGUAUCAUAGCGGGCUCUGUACUCUCAGCCGUGGUUGCCGCAACCAUACUAUUUGCAUUCAUUUUCUUCCUAUGCUGCCGAAAGAAGCAGGAAAAGGGCUAUAUAAGUCCGCGGAGCCCCAGGAGCCCGAGAAAGACCGAUAUCUCCCGACCCAUACCCAUCGUAGAUGAAUGGAGAGACUUGAGUGGAGACCACGACGUUGACCUGGAGAAGGGGAAAGGGGAUGAUGGCUUGGAGCGGGCACCGGAGCAUCCCCCUCGGAUUCAUCUCGAUCUAUCGACCAAACGGGAAGACAGUCACUCACCGGCCAGCUCAAUCGGCGAACCAGAGACGAAGAUCCUCACUGCGUUUGACAGGUCAUCCUGGGGUUUCCAAGACGGAGCUGGCCCGUCACAUCAUCCACAUGAUUCCAUGAAGAUCCCAACAGAAAUGGCGCGGAAAGAGUCGGAGCAAUCCAGCUCCCCGCUGAUGCACAAACGAUGCUCGACAAAAGUGUAUCGGGAUACUCCUCGGCGCAGCUCAGGUUUACCACUCAACCGGCGCCUGAGAGGGCUCGGACACGGACGUCAUACCUACUCUCCCUCUCGAAGUAGCAACAACUUUGCAGUUUUCCGCAGGCCGCUGAGCUACACUUCAGGCACCACCAAUUCUGUCAGUUUUGUCUCAACAACACCCUCAGCCUUCCCUCAGCCGCCUACUGCGAGACAUACCACGCAAUUGACAACGCCAAUAGAGAAACGUCGUAGUAUACGCCUCGUCCCUAAGUCGACAUGCGAUAGCUUGCUUGAUCGGCGGACAAUUGAUGAGAAGCGCAAUAGCUACAUUCGCAAACGAGCCUCAACUCAAUCUCCUUUCUUCAGCGCAGGCUCAUCUCGCAUGUCGUCAUCAAGCUACAAGUUCCCACCCGCAUUCAUCGGCGAAGCUACUCCGAGCCCGAAGGCUGUUCUGAGGCCGCUAUCGAGCAAUAUUGUGAAGCCCAGCGAUAACGUCGUCGAAGGGGGGACUACAGAAAGAAAAAUACCUGAGAGCCUGCGCAUUCGAUUGCCUGCCGAGACUCCUUCGUCAUCAACCGACACGCUCAAAUACCCUGGGAGUCUUCGAAAAUCGCGGCCCGAGAGGUCCUUCAUGCUCAACAAUACGGAAUCUGUGACAGCGGCCAAUCGUGAUUGUGUUCAGGAGCAAUAUGAAUGCCCAGGCACCGCCCUCUACUCUCGUACAGGCAUUGGUCGACGAGCAUGUGUGCGUCAAAGCCUUCGUGCCCAGGAGCUUAAAUCCAGUCUCAACGAACUGACCGGAAGCAUGAUCUUCGAGGACGCCGAGAUGAGCGAGAGUGUCUAUUCCGACGAGGAGGAGGACAUCGAGGAGUAUGAGAAGAGGACCACCAUCACACCCAGCCAGUACAUGCUCCCUCCGCUAAACCUCAAUGUAGGAGACCGCAAGAGGAGCAGUAAGCGCGACAGUAAGAGGUAUAGCAAACGUGAGAGCAGGAGAGAGCUGAAGCGCACAAGCCAGCGAGAUCCUACUCCAUAUUCCUUAGUUCUCGAGCAUGGUGGGAAGGAAAAUCACUCCUCUACUUACAGCUUAGCCAACGCAACCUCCACCGCCACUGCAAGAGCUAAAGGCAAAGCCAAAUCGACUUCUUCUCCCGAACGGCCCAAGUCAUCCGCCGGACUUCGUCAUAUUCAUGCAGCCCAACAUACUCGUGCAGAAUCCCGCACCACGGUCCGCCCCAGCGCCCACCGCGACUGUCAAGACAGUCCCCUCUCCCGCCGCGCGUCGACAAAGGAGCGCCAUUCCCGUAAAUCUAUCCACUCCCGCCAGCAAUCCCGCCAAUCUGCUACUGUCAAACAGCCUCGCGAUCGCUCUCGCACGCAGUCCUCCGCAUUCCCCUACUUUGAUGCCUCCUCCGUCCUCGUCGACCCCAGUAAA